AUGGAUGGUAGCAUUUCUGCGCGAGGCAAAGCCUUCGCGGCACAGAAGCCAACUUUUCUCGACGUAUUGAGUGAUCUGUGGGCUCCGAAGUCCAAUCCUGACGGUAUUGUGAAUAUCGGUCUUGCCGAGAAUGCUCUCAUGCAUGCGGAGAUGGAGAGCUUUAUUAACUCUAAUUCUCAAAUCGACGCACAUGCAUUGACUUACGGGGACGGAUUCAGCGGAUCGCACAGGCUCAAAGAAGCCAUCUGUCAUUUCUUGAACAGCCAGCUUUCCCCUUGGACUGCGCUAUGUCCCUCUCAUCUCGCUAUCACAUCCGGUGUCAGCAAUGCAGUUGAGUGCUGUGCCUGGGGUUUAGCCGAGUUUGGUGAUUACAUUCUCGUUGGGCGGCCGUAUUUUAAUGCCUUCAAAACGACAUUUGGAACGCGGCCAGGGGUUGAACUAUUAGAAGUCGCUUUCGCGGAAAUAGAUCCGUUCAGUUUGGCCGCAGUCGAACAGUAUGAAAAGGCGUAUUCUGAAGCGAAGAGCAAAGGUUUCCGCGUCAAAGCACUCCUCUUGUGCACACCGCAUAAUCCGCUCGGGCGCUGCUACCCUCGAAAUGUCCUAAGAGAGUACAUGAAGUUCUGCAACAAAAAUGGACUUCAUUUAAUCAGUGAUGAGAUUUACGCGUUGUCCGUCUGGGAGAACCCUCGCCUGCCUAAUGCCCCGGGUUUCACUUCGGUCUUGUCUAUGGAUGUCAAGGAGGUGAUGGAUCCAAGCAUGGUGCAUGUCGAUUUUGGCGCAACUGGUUUGAGGAUUGGCUGUUUGCUCAGUCAAUCGAAUAGGCUGCUCUUGGAUGCUGCAGAUGGCAUUUCCCUGUACAAUUUCCCAUCAAGCCUUGCAGACCACGUCGCUACAUCUCUGUUACUGGAUGACAAAUUCACAAGUGUAUACAUUGCGACAAACCGGUAUCGCUUGGCAGAAAGCUACCAAUUUGCUACAGAUUUUCUCAAGUCCCAUCAGAUUUCCUACGUUGAGUGCAAUGCCGCGUUCUUCGUUUGGAUGAACUUGGGGGCUGCAGUGAAAGACCGCGCAGCCACUGAUAAGGAAAUUACGGCAAAGCUUCGAAAAGAAAAAGUUUACAUCGCAGCUGGGACGGCUUAUGCUGCUGAAGAAGCGGGGUGGUUUCGAAUGGUGUUUGCACAUCCGCGCAAUGUGCUGGAGGAGGGUCUGAAUAGGAUGCUUCGGGCUAUACAGUCAUAG